CAACAUGGCGGAUUUGAUAAACUUUAUUUCAAAGAGGGAAAUUGACGCUAAAAAAGAAGAAAAGCGGAAAGUAAGAGAGCAAAUCCUCAAAAAGACAAAAGGCGACUAUGAGAGAGAGCAGUGGAAAAAACAAAAGCGCAUUGAGAGUGGGGAGACUUCGUGGAUGUUGCCAUCUUUAAGCAAUAGUUUGACAGUGGAGGACGACACGUACAGUCAUAAUGAUAAGGAUAAAUCAAAGAAAAAGAAACAUAGGAAAGAGAAGAAGCAGAAGAAGGACAAAAAGGAGAAGAAGGACAAGAAGCAGAAGAAAGAUACCAGUAAAGAAAAUGUGUCCUCAGCCUCAGAGUCAGGGGAUGAUUGGGUUGAAAAAGAAACAACUGACUCUGUCACAUCAUCAAAACCAGGUGAAGUUCAGGUUAGUAUUGUAAAUUUGAUGUGA